AUGGCCGAUCCUGGGAACAGAAGAGGGAUCUACUGCCCCCUGACCCUUAUCUGCUCCCUGCUCAUUGUGGGAAUGUGCUGUGUGUCUCCUUUCUUCUGCCAUAGCCAGACAGACCUGCUGGCUCUUAACCAAGCUGAUCCUCAGUGCUGGGAAUCUUCUUCAGUGCUCCUCCUGGAAAUGCAGAAGCCUCGAAUUUCUAACACUGUUUCAGGUUUCUGGGAUUUUAUGAUCUACCUGAAGUCAUCUGAGAACUUGAAGCAUGGGGCACUGUUUUGGGAUCUGGCCCAACUCUUCUGGGACAUCUAUGUGGACUGUGUCCUCUCCAGGAACCAUGGCUUAGGAAGGAGGCAAUUGACUGGGAAGGAAGAGAAAAUUUCGGCAGUGCAUCCACAGCACACAGGGAGAAAACAAGGUACAUAUUCUCAGCAACUAAGAACACCUUUCCUAAAGAAGAAAGAGUUGAUUGAAGGUUUGAUAAGCAUGCACUUGCAUAGGAGUGGGUCUAAGUUCAUCGGAAAAGUCGCCAGUGGCCUGGAAAUAAAAAGAAAAUAAAUCCAACCUCUGAGCUAACUCACAUCUUGGAAUUAAAAACAACCCACGUUUUUCUUGACUAUUGACCAUUUGUUUACUUGAAAUGGUGGGAAUGUCCAGAGAUAAAUCAUAAGCCACAUUCUCUCAGAGUACUUACUUAAGCCUGCUAGCAUGUUCCUUCAAAUGGUGGCUUUACUGCCAAAUCAUCCCACUGUCUGAGAGAGUUAAAAUAGCUUCCAAAGAGGACCAGGGGAUUGAGCAAGUCAGAUUGUAUUCACUCUGAUAAAUUGUUCUGGGAUGCUGGAUAUUGUUAAUGAACUAGAGGGCCAUACAUUUAACUUGAAUACACUGCAUGACUUCCAAGCCAUUAACCACUGCUUAUGUACAGGCAUACACAGGACUAUAUUUAUUAAUUACCAGUUACUGACUGUCUGUAAUACCUAAAUCUUGUUUGAAAGAAUAUUUUUGAAUACUAUAUAAAACAAAGAACAAACAAACAAAAAACAUGAACAAAAAUGGCAAAUAAAGCAUUCUUCUAAUGGAAACAAAAUUAAUAAAAGCU